GAAACAUUUUUUCGAACUAUUCGAGGGACAUUUGAAUCAUAAAAUAAAAUAAUAUAAAUACUCAUUUACUUUUCCGUCACAUUUGAGAUAGUGUCAGUUUCAGGUAUAUAGUACAUAUAUCAACUACAUUCCGCCUCGUAGUCAGCUUCAGUUGCUUUGCUAAAUUUGAAACAUUUUCUCAAAAUGGCGCCUGAUUUAAUAGAUCGUAUUUUGAAAUUAAAACAAUUACUAUCCAACGACAACGAAGAACAGCCAUCCAGUGAUGCCAUCAAACAAUUCAACGAAACAUCAAUAUUUUCACAAAAUAAGAGGUGCAUGGGGGAGACCCUUUUAUUGAUCAGGCGCAUGUCCGAAAAGUACGGGGGAUCCCAGGAUAAUGAUGAUUCGGAAAAGAAUAAGAAUUCCGAUGUGUUGAAAAAAUGUUCAGGGAUAAUGAAGCAACUUCAUAUGAUUCAUCCGUGGGAGGAAGGCGAUGAAAUUACCCAACAUGUACAACAAACCUAUCAGAUGCAGCUUAGUUCGGUUCUUGAUGAGCUGGAGAAAAUGGCCAGAGAUCCGCAGGAGAACCCUUACCCUCAGCCCUCACAUCCCAACCCUGAUGAGGUGGCCAGUCUUAAGAAAAUAUUGUUACAGAAAAAUGCAAUUCGGCAACUGCUGGAAGUGUCUAACAAGCUAUUGCUUUUGAGGGAGGCUCUUGAGGACAAAAAGGACAUGUCGGCCCAAAAAGAAGAGCACGAAAUGCUUGUCAAUGACCUUAUGAGUUGUCUCGCCGAUACCCAACGUGAAUUGGAAUCAGGCACAGAGGAUUUCAAGAAGCUAAAGGAAGCCUAUAAAGCCCAGGAGCAGAAAGACCAAGAGAUACUGGCCAAGGAGAGGAGGUCCUGUAUAGAUCUUAGGAAUCGUUUAGCCGAUACCAAACGAGAGCUAGAAUUAGCCAACGAGGAUUACUCGAAACUGAAGGAAACCUUUAAAACCCAGCAACAGAAAGACCAAGAGAUACUGGCCAUGGAGAGAAGCUCCUGUACGGAUCUUAGGAAUCGUCUAACCGAUACCAAACGAGAGCUAGAAUUAGCUAACGAGGAUUACUCGAAACUGAAGGAAACCUUUAAAACCCAGCAACAGAAAGACCAAGAGAUACUGGCCAAGGAGAGAAGCUCCUGUACGGAUCUUAGGAAUCGUCUAACCGAUACCCAACGUGAGCUAGAAUCAGCCAACCAGGAUUACUCAAAAAUCAAGGAAGCCUAUAAAGCCCAGGAGCAGAAAGACCAAGAGAUACUGGCCAAGGAGAGGAGGUCCUGUAUAGAUCUUAGGAAUCGUUUAGCCGAUACCAAACGAGAGCUAGAAUUAGCCAACGAGGAUUACUCGAAACUUAAGGAGGUCUAUAAAGCCCAGAAGCAGAAAGACGAAGAGAUGCUGGCCAUGGAGAAGAGCUCCUGUACGGAUCUUAGGAAUCGUCUAACCGAUACCCAACGUGAGCUAGAAUCAGCCAACCAGGAUUACUCAAAAAUCAAGGAAGCCUAUAAAGCCCAGCAACAGAAAGACCAAGAGAUACUGGCCAUGGAAAGGAGCUCCACAGCAGAUCUUAGGAAUCGUCUGGCUGAUACCCAACGUGAGCUGGAAUUAGCCAACGAGGAUUACUGGAAGCUAAAAGAAGUCUAUAAAACCCAAGAGAUUAAAGACGAAGAGAUGCUGGCAAAUGAAAUAACCUGCUCAGAGGACCUUAGGAACUGUCUAGCCGAUACCAAACGUGAGUUAGAAUCAGCCUACGGGAAUAUAAGGAAGCUCCAGGAAGCCUAUGAAAGGCUGCAGAAAAGCUACAUGGAUCUCCAAACAGAUAACCUGUACAAAAGAGCUUCUAUCCCUGAGAAAACCCAGGAACCUCCAAAAACUUCGUCUAGAAAAUCCUUUGAAGUAGAACGAAACGAACUGGAAUCGGAGACACUAAGAGUCCUUUUCAGCCGAAACGUGUUUGUGAAACAGAAUAUUUCCAAGCUAAGCUCUACAACCACCAAGAUGCCAGGCCCAAUCAAAAUAAAGACGUCCAAUAUGACUUCUUUUGAAUCUCUGAAACACUUCAGGAAAGACACCGUGCAGUUGAUCGAUAAUGUCCUCAAAGCCAUCCAGUUUCAUAGGCAACUGAAGUUCCCCGCCUGCGAAAUAAAAUGGCAGGCAGUGUGUCGUUCUUUGCAGGACAAUCUUCUUGCAGUCCGUAAGAAAUGGAGGUACAUGAAAUUGGAGUACUCGGAAGAGAGUUCUACAAAAGGUCCUAGCGAUGUGAUUAUAAAAUCUGAAACGAGCUCCAAGAGCAACCUGGCCAUGCUUCCGUAUAACUAUCCUGUGACGUGGAGUGAUAAGAUGUCCUUAACGAGCAAGGACUCUUCGAGCAGCAUCGUUUCCAACGUCUCUUCGUUUCCAGACUUCGAGGGCAAGACCUUCGGUGACCGUCGCCUUUGGACUCUGAAGUGGUGCCAAGAGAAGACCCGACCCCAUGGCAUUCCCAUGUACGAGUUUUCCGAAUCCUGGACCAGUGGUCGCGCCCUAUGCGCCCUCAUCCACGCUUACCGCCCAAAGCUCAUUAGCUCCAAGUAUCUCCAAGGUACUGGAACGGUGGAGACUCUUGCAUUCGGUACUGGUGUCGUCAAGGGUCUGGGUCUCUGUAGCCCCGUUGAUUUUGUCCAGGAGUGCUCCCGUGAGAAGCCGAACUUCAAGAAGGUAUUUGAGUUCGUUCAGGAACUACACCGUUUCCUGGAAAAACUGCGUUAAUAUAUUUUUUUAUGUAC